AUGAAUACACAGAGUAUCAGUGCAAAAGGAAAGAGUAAGGCAGCAAAGGGAAUUGCAAAGAGACACAGAAAACAGUCCGGGCUGACAGACAGCAUCUCCAAGCCAGCAAUCAGGAGAAUUGCCAGGCGUGCUGGUGUGAGGAGAGUCGGCGGAGGUUGCUUUAAAGAAAUAAAUAAUGCAGCAAGAGAAUAUAUCAGAGAUACUCUUUCCAUCGCAUGUAUUUACUCCACACAUGCUAAGAGAAAGACUAUCACAUGUUCAGAUAUUCUUCACUCCCUAAAAAGAAUGGGUAUCAAGUAUAUUGGCUACUGA